AUGCCCGGCCCCGUUUUACCCGGGUCCCCCCGGGCCCUGCCCACGACAGGCAGCCGCCGCUGGCCGUACGGCCGCAGGGAGCCGGGGUGCCGGGCAGCGGGAGGCUCGACACCACCCACCCCGCACGGAGAGCGCAGGGAGGCCCGGGUAGCAGCGGGUCGCCUCCGGGAGCGGCCCUUGGGCGCCCCCGCCCCGCGCCCGCCCCGGAAGCUCCCGUCGUGCCCCGCGGCCCGGAAGCGGAAGCGCGGCGGGGCUGGAGCCGGCGGCGGGCAGAUGGCGGAGUGCGGGCCGCAGCCCCCUGGGGGUGGCAGCGGGGCUGCGGGGGCGCCGAGCCGGCACGAGAAGAGUCUGGGGUUGCUGACCACCAAGUUCGUGUCGCUGCUGCAGGAGGCCAAGGACGGCGUGCUCGACCUCAAGCUGGCUGCGGAUACCUUGGCUGUGCGACAGAAGCGACGGAUCUACGAUAUCACAAAUGUCCUGGAAGGCAUCGGGUUGAUUGAGAAGAAAUCCAAGAACAGUAUCCAGUGGAAAGGGGUGGGUCCUGGCUGCAACACACGUGAAAUAGCUCAUAAACUUAUCGAGCUGAAGGCAGAUAUAGAGGACCUGGAGCAGCGGGAGCAGGAGCUGGAGCAGCAGAAGAUGUGGGUUCAGCAGAGCAUAAAAAACGUUACAGAAGACAUGCAGAACAGUCGAUUAGCGUAUGUGACGCAUGAAGAUAUCUGCAAAUGCUUCACAGGAGAUACCCUCCUUGCCAUACGAGCCCCAUCAGGCACACGUUUGGAGGUUCCCAUCCCUGAGGGCCUAAAUGGGCAGAAGAAAUAUCAAAUCCAUCUGAAGAGCACAAGUGGCCCCAUUGAUGUUCUCUUAGUAAACAAAGAUGCUUGGAGCUCUCCUCCUGUCGUACUACCUGUCCCUCCCCCUGAAGACCUCAUUCAGUGCCAGGCAGUUGCACCCUCAAAACCACAGCUACCACCGCUUGCCCACUUCCAGGAGGCAUCUGUUCCCAGCAGCACCCAGCCCUCUACACCGACACCCACCAGCACUCAGGACCAUAGCCCUCCCACACAGAAAGCUGCAAGCACAGAAUGCGGUGUCCCAGCGGCAGAAUCCAAGAGCAGCAGCAACUUUGAUCCCCUCGGUGAUGCGUCUGCAUCAGGCGGCCAGGCGGCCGGGUUAGAUACCCAGCCGCUGCAGUCCUCUGCCUCGCUGGACAGCAGCUCCGUCCCACCCAGCCCCUCUACCUCCUUCGAGCCGAUCAAGCCCGAUCCCACAGGAAUACUGGAACUUCCCAAAGAGCUGUCAGACAUGUUUGAUCCAACGAGAGAAUGUAUGAACUCUGAGCUGCUGGAAGAGCUGAUGUCGUCUGAAGUGUUUGCUCCCUUGCUCCGCCUCUCCCCUCCACCUGGAGACCACGACUACAUCUAUAACCUGGAUGAGAGCGAAGGUGUCUGUGACCUCUUCGAUGUGCCUGUCCUCAACCUCUGACUUCUCAGUGCGGCUGUGCACCUUGCGAACACAGACUGUUUUGUAACUUUGGAAAGUGUCUAUUUUUGGAUUCCUUUUGUGCUAGAGCUCAAUGAGUGAGUGAUUCAAAGAUGCUCUCGUAUGGACUCAGAACCAAGAGAUGUGGACUUGCA